AUGCCUAAAGCUACCAAAAACUCUUCUGUCCGAGGGGGAAAGACUCCGACUCUGAGCCGGUCAGCUCAAUCACCAUAUGCCAGUCACCGACGUGCAUCAGCUCCUAAUCUGAUAGCUAUAGGUAGUCAGGCUGAGUCUGAACAAAUGCCAACGGGUGAUUCAGUGAUGGAACAGUUGGGUGUUGAUCCCGAUUCAACAAACCUCAUGGAUCUUUCUAACGAUUCAGCUUCAAAAAAAGCUGCCCUGGUAUACGAGUACUUUGAGGUCAGUCCUACUUGUGUUAAGCCUGUUUAUUACAAUAAGUGUAUCUCUUAUAAUUACUUCCAUUGUAAUUGUAGGAGCCAGUACAAGGCAUCAUCAAUGAUGAACAUCCUGAAGGCCCGAUUCCAGUGA